AUGGCUACCCUGGGCGGAUAUCUUAACAGUGAGACACCCCUCCUUGAGCUCUACCGACCUCAUCAGCUUGCUAACACCCACCAAGAGAAGGUCUUGAUCGUCACAGCCGACUCUCGUAUUCUAGUCGGCACAAUGGCAGCAUGUGACCAAACAACCAACCUGGUUUUGAACAACGCCGUGGAACGAAUCAUCCGAACCCCCGACGACGAUGAGCCCUCAGCUCAAGUACCCCUUGGCCUUUACCUCGUGCGCGGUGACAACGUAUGCUCGAUUGGUCUCGUAGAUGAGGCGCUCGACGAUAGCAUCAACUGGACAGAAGUCAAGGGUUCAGCGAUUGGCGGUAUAAAACAUGUAUAG